AUGCCUGGUAAAGCUAAUGGUACAGUAGGUAGUACUGUAAACGGUAAAGUGGAAGAAAACACAGAAAAUACACCAAGAAAGUUAACUCAAGACGACUUUCCGGAUGCUAAGUACGGAAGAAACAGAAUCCAAACUCUCGAGCCUGAAUAUGAGGUUCUUCUCAAGCAGUUUUGGACCCAUUAUUUGAAAUAUUUGGGAUACGAUGUUGACAUUCCAGAUAAGGACGUUGUUGACAAGAAGUCGUAUGUGGUGUCAGCUUCUGUGCAGCGGAAGUUUCCCAAUGAAAAGGUGACUGAAGCUACCAAAUCUAGCUCUUUCUGGGGAGGUCAUUCUACAGCAACUCCAAUCGAUGAUAAUAUCUCGAAGUUGACAGAGAGAGCUGGUAAGCUCAAGCUUUCUACAAAUUAUGUAAAUGUGACUUACCCUGAGACUUACUUCUUCAAUUAUUUGGUAAAUUAUGACAGUGUGUCUGACUUGAGUGCUUCUUAUAAGGACGAGGGUGAUGAGGUUGAUCGUGUCAAUGUUAUUAUAAAAGAGCUCAAAUCUUUGGCUGGAUUGGAGAAACAUCCUUCUUUGGUCAUUGAGCCUAACUUGAAGCUGCACCAUAGCUUCGGCAUCUGUGAUCCAAAAGUUACACACAAUACCUUCUUGGUCUCAGCAAGAAACGAUCCUAUUGAUAACUAUUUUUUAAAGCUUCUAAGGGCAAGAAAGGGUAACAUCGACAAGACCUUAGAUCUCUUUGCUGGAGAUGUCAAUUGGAGAAGUGAGAUUAAACUAACAGACUUGGUACUUGGAGGAGAUGCGCAGUAUUAUCUUACUGGUACUGGCGAUGGGAUAAUAAGGAACUUGAAUUGCGAGAAGUGUUGGAUAAAGGGGACAGACAAAGAGGGUAAUCUAUUGUUUCUAUUCAAGGCGAACCGUCACUUAACCAACGAGGCUCCCCAAGAUGAAAUGAGGAGGUGGACUCUAUUGAAAAUAGAAUGGACUAGGUUGAUUCUAAGAGAGACCCUGACAGGGAAAGAUACUGUGACUAUUUUAUUUGACUUAUCUGGUUUUGGAUUGAAGAAUGCCGACUAUUCUACAAUGAAGUUCAUCGCUGAGUUCUUUGAGGCUCACCAGCCUGAGUGUUUAGCUCACGUCUUGAUUUAUAAAGCUCCCUGGAUCUUCCUGGCCUUCUGGAAUAUCGUUAAGGGCUGGUUGGACCCUGAUGUUGCCGCAAAGAUUAGCUUUGUCAAGAACGAGCAAGAGUUGUUAAAGUUUGUUGAUAAGAAAGAUGUUCCAAGCUGCAUGGGAGGAGAUAACUCUUACAAUGGUGAAUAUAUCUACCCUGACAGGAACAUCGACGCUGCUCCACCGUUGAAGAAGGAUGAACGGUACUUCGACUUGGUCAAGGAAAGACACCUCUUACAGUUAAGGCUCUUUGAGAGAACGAAGAGGUGGAUCGAAGCCGCUGACCCUGAAGUCAGCUCGUUGUAUUGGCAAGACAAGGUGGACACCAACAUCCAAUUGGCACAGAACUACAUUAUGCUUGACCCGUACAUUCGGAGAAGAGGAAUGUAUGACAGGAAUGGAUUCUUAAAGUUGCAACUUUAG